GGACGGGGCUGGUCACGACUCACGACUCGGUCCAGGGAAGCCGAAAGAAAACCAAGUCCAGAUUAUCCCACAGCUUUAGAUGAUGAGAUCUCUCUCCGCCUAUCAAAGAAAAACCUACACCUCUCUCUUAUCUUUUAUUUCCUCGCCAUCUCUUCUUCCAGUCCCACCUUCCUCACCUAUUCUACGCUGUCAAGGCGACACAACAGGGGAUCAUGGCGACUACGCUCUGUCUUCUCAAUUUCCCCGCUCUCUCCCAUAGAUCUCUCCAAAACCUCCAAAAUCACUCCAAACCAACUAAGAUCCUUCUCUCCAAACACUCUGACCACCUCCCACAACUUCUCAAACCGCUUCAACAUACUAUCCACCAAUUGAAAUCAUCUUCUCUCUCACUUACAGCUUUAGCAUUGCCAUUCUUCCUACAUCCAGAGGAUGCACUGGCUGCUGGUGGGGAGUUCGGGUUGUUGGAAGGUCGAACAUUUGCGCUCAUCCAUCCCAUCGUGAUGGGUGGAUUGUUCUUCUACACCCUGUGGGCUGGGUAUCUGGGUUGGCAAUGGCGACGCGUACGGACGAUCCAGAAUGAGAUCAACGAACUUAAGAAGCAGGUUAAGCCUGCCCCCGCCGCGGCAGCAGAAGGGACCCCAUCAGCGGAGGCGACGGCGUCGAUGUCGCCAGUAGAGGUUAAGAUUAAACAGCUCACUGAGGAAAGGAAGGAGUUGCUGAAAGGGUCGUUUAGGGAUCGGCACUUCAAUGCAGGUUCAAUACUGUUAGGAUUUGGAGUGUUGGAAUCCGUUGGUGGAGGAUUAAACACCUGGUUCCGAACGGGAAAGCUAUUUCCAGGGCCUCAUUUAUUUGCUGGAGCAGGAAUUACUGUGUUAUGGGCAGUAGCAGCUGCGCUUGUUCCUGCAAUGCAAAAAGGGAAUGAAACAGCAAGGAAUCUCCAUAUUGCCCUGAAUGCUCUGAAUGUUUUGCUCUUCAUUUGGCAGAUUCCAACUGGGAUCGAUAUCGUCUUUAAGGUAUUUGAGUUCACAAAAUGGCCUUGAGCCAUGUAAAGCUACAACCUGAACUCGUUCCCAUUGUAACAUAUCAUAUACUUCCUUCCCCCCUUCCCCCCAUGGAAAAAAAGGGAAAAAAUAUGGCAAAGACUUGCCACAAAGAACAUUUUUGAAAAUGUUGUUUGAAUUUCAAAAGUUGGAGCUUUGCACCAAAGAGAAAAUGUUGCGGAAAAUAAACAUAUGUAUAGUUCUAACCAUUUCAAGCAAACGUAAACGUAAUUUUCCUCCUC